AUGCAUGUCGGGCCAACCUCAGAUGCUGUUCUCUUAGCUGAUCUACAAUCGCACAUGUUUUGUUGCUUGUACGACCAAAACAGGCUUGUGGUGCUGUGCUCAGCCGCACCCUUCAAGCUUAAGCCCUUCAUCGUGACCAGAUUGUUAUAUGCUUCAGCGCUUCAUCGUGACCAGAUUGUUGGAUCGGUUAUGCUAGGUUAUAUGUUUCAGCGCUUCAGAGCUUCAGCCCUUCAUCUUGACCAGAUUGUUGGUUUGGUUAUGCUAGGUUAUAUGUUUCAGCGCUUCAGAGCUUCAGCCCUUCAUCGUGACCAGAUUGUUGGUUUGGUUAUGCUAGGUUAUAUGUUUCAGCGCUUCAGAGCUUCAGCCCUUCAUCGUGACCAGAUUGUUGGUUCGGUUAUGCUUAAGCCCUUCAUCGGGAUAUUGCUCGGCGCUUGGAACGGUGACAGCAAGGCGCAAAUGCAAGCACUUGUGCUAUGUGGAUUAGAUUAUCAUCGGCAUAUUUUCGGAUUUGAACAGACCAGAGAAUUCAACAAAAUGUACGGCGCGGUUGACAUGGUUCAGCUACCCCUUGCAAGUGCCUUUCUAUUCUUUCACCCAACUUUCAUCAACGCUCUUGACUCUACACUCCAGCCAGUGGACAUGUCACCGGAAGAAUCGACACCCAGGAAUUUAGAAACUUUUCAAGCAAAGCUUCUAUUUCCGCCAUGUAUCUCAAGGAAGUAUAUCCGACCACAUGUAUGGGAUGGCCAACGGACGGCUAUUCUGUGCAUGUUAUCAACUGACACGCAUCUCCCGAUUGGCGUCUUCGGUUUCCAAAACAUUGACACGGCGAUAGAUGAGCCCAUCAUUCACCAUCCCUCAAACAACGUCGUUGUUCUGCAUCCACGUCGGCAACUCAUUCAUUCGCCCUUUCGCUUCACCUUCGGCCACACUCCCUUCUCCAACCUCCGAUCUCAAAGGAGCACACCAUUAUGA